UUACUAGGUGUAUAAUGGUUGAAUAUGUUUCAAUCAAGUGGAUUGUUGAAAAAAACCCUACAAUUGUAUCAUCUCAUAAACUGGUAUAGGACUAUUUUGACACUUUAUUUAUAAUCCUGAAAUUUUUGUAGUCAACAAUUGACUGUUUACACAACAUUAGUAUCAGUUUUAAUUUAGUAUCUCAUCAAGUUUUCAAAUUUUGAAAUAGUUUUGUGUUGUGUCCAAUUGUAUACUUCUGAAUACUUUGCAGCUGCAAUCUCGAUUAAACACUAAGGUCUUUUUUGAAAUUUGUUCGACACUGAAAGACUAUCCACUUACUGUACUUUUUCUCAAUUGUCCAUUAAAUUUAAAAUAGACAGGUACCUCCUGCCUAGUUGAUUAAUGUGGAGCAGGGUGAACAGAAAUGUACCAACUUGGUUUAACCAACCAAUGUUUGUCUAAAAUACCCUACUUGUUAGGAUUUUUUGGGGCACCUUCCUGGAACUGCAUGGGUUGUUUUUGGUGAAAACACAAUUUUUUUUUUCUGGGGUCAACACGUAGUGAAAAAAUGUUGAUAAAGUAACCGGCAAUGGUUGCAAAUAAUAUUCCAUGCACAGUCAGUGUGUGAAAGUGUGUUAACAUACAGUAAACCAGAAUAAGAUGGUUGUACUCAUUUGCUUGUAUUUGCUUACAGUACAUGACCUUUUGCAUCUCUUUUUUUACCAGUGCUUUGUAUAAAGCCAAGAAUAAUAUUUGAAUUUAAAAAAUGUAAUUGGUAUUUAUUAGCUUUCACAAGUAAGUCAAUUAUUAUUGUGAGGUUACUGAUCUUACCAAUAUAAAAUACUGAGGUUAUGUACAGCCAUUACAAACCCUCUUUGCAUACUCAUUUGUUAAUGCCACAUCCUUGAGGAAUUAUCUUCCAAUGACAGUUCUAUUCAUGCAUCCCAAAAUACAUGGAAAUAUUCACUGGUUGCUUUGUUAUAAAGAAGGCACUGUAGACGGCAGAGAUGUACUACCUAUGUUACAUGGAUUCGAACACUAAUAGAAUGGGGCAUUUAUUUACUGUGUGUUUUUAUCUGAUGGGCCACGUUUUAUUUGCGUUGACUCACUGUAACUCUUCAGAUUUCCAUCUGAAUGGGGAUUAUUUGUUAGGUGGACUUUUUGACAUUCACACCAGUAGCUCUGCUAGCCACGACAGACCAGAAGCCAUUGACUGCUCCAGUCAAGCCUUCAGUCUGUCCGGUUAUCGGAGGUUUCAGCUGAUGAGAUUCUCAGUGGAGGAAAUUAAUAACUCAACCAAACUCUUGCCCAAUGUGUCUCUGGGCUUCAAGAUAUUUGACCACUGCUCGGUUGCAAAUAAUUUUCCAGAUGUACUUAACCUCAUUUCAACCGAUGGCUUGAUCCAACCUUGGAGUAAAGCACACCAGCAUGUGUCUGCAGCCUCCAAAGUGGUGGCGGUGGUUGGUCCAUUUUCGAGCACAGACACCCUGACUGUAGCGCCGCUCUUCAUGAUGGAUCUCAUUCCACUGGUCAGUUACGGAGCUGCCAGCUCUGAAUUUUCAGAAAAAGCCAAGUAUUGGUCAUUCCUGCGCACCGUGCAUUCCAAUAAAGAUACAGUCAGAGUGAUUGUCUCCAUUUUGGAGUACUUCCAAUGGCAUUGGGUAGCCUUCCUCGGCAGUGAUGAUGCGUAUGGCAACGAUGGCCAGGAACUGUUCAUCAAGAUGAUCAAGGACACCCACAUUUGUAUGGCGUAUACCAGCAAGCUCAAACCAAGCUUCAAUUACUCUGUAACGUUCCAGCAGAUCGAAGCGCAUAGGAUAACCACUAUUGUUGUUUUUGCCCCCAAAAGGACUGCCGUAUAUCUAAUAGAGUCAGCGAUACUAAUGGGCGUCACCAACAAGGUGUGGAUAGCGGGAGAAACCUGGUCCUUGAACGAGAAGCUCCCCAAAAGAAAAGAUAUCCAAAAAAUCGGAACGGUCCUGGGAGUGUCUCAACCCGUGUUGACCAUAUCUGGUUUCAGUGAUUAUUUGCUUACUUCCCAUAGCAAAAUUCAGUGUGGCGAUGCAGGAGGAGGACAGCUUUGCGAUCAAGUUUGCAACUGCUCCAGCCUGAGUGCACAGGACAUCAUCUCUAUGGACCCCUCUUACUCGUUUUCUGUUUAUUCAGCUGUGUAUGCCAUCGCUCACGCCUUACACAAUGUCUUGCAAUGUGAUAAGGACACAUGUCACAGGAAUAACGCCGUCAAUCCCCAAAAGGUUCUGGCAGAGCUGACAAAAUCAAACUUCUCUCUUUUAAAUGAGACAAUUCGCUUUGAUGAGCAUGGGGAUCCUAUGUUUGGAUCUUUUUUCAUCGUCUUCUGGAACCAGAGUGGUGACAUAGAGGAGGUUGGGUUUUAUAAAUUUCUCUCCUCAAUUCACUUUUUCAUUGACGACAGCAGGAUUCGUUGGCAUGGAAAUGGGAUGGUUCCGACAUCUCGAUGCUCUCUGGAAUGUCCGGUAGGAUUUGCAAAGAAACAAGAUGGAAUUUACAAAUGUUGCUUUACGUGUGAGGAAUGUCCCAAAGGAACCUACAUCAACAUCACAGAUGAUCCGUACACGUGUGUGGCGUGCAAGGAGACAGAGUGGUCGACAGCAGCCAGUACUUCAUGCACUCAGCGACAGGUGCAAUACGCCUCAUUUCAAGACAUUAGUACCAUAUUGAUCUUGGUGGCCCUCUUGUUCUUUCUGGGCCUGGCGGUCACCAUGUGUGUCGUCUUUGCUCGUAACUACAACACGCCUGUCGUCAAAUCGGCCGGUGGCGUCAUGUGCUUCUUGAUUUUGGGCUGUCAGUGUCUGUGCUGUGUCAGCAUCGUCUUCUUCUUCGGCAAGCCUACCCACUUGUCGUGUGUCUUAAGGUACUGGCCCUUUUCUUUGUUUCACACUACAUGUAUCGCAUGUUUUACCGUGCGCGCUUUCCAGAUUGUUUGCAUUUUUAAAAUGGCCGCCAAGUUCCCAAAAGUAUACAGCUGGUGGAUGAAAUAUCACGGGCAGUGGCUGGUCAUUUUAGGGACGUUUAUGAUCCAGUCCGUCCUGAUUGCCAGUGCUUACGCUCAUUCCACCCCCAAGCCAUACAACGACACUCUGUGGUCUCCUGACAAAAUCAUACUGACCUGUGACGUAAAUUUAGCAAGGGAGGGGGUUCCUAUAACUGUCUUGUCCGCUUUGUGCAUCAUCUGCUUCAUUUUCUCCUACAUGGGAAAAGACCUCCCCAAAAAUUACAACGAGGCCAAAUCCAUAACUUUCUGCUUGUUUCUGAUGGCUCUAAACUGGAUCAUCUAUGCAACUGUUUCUGUGCUUUAUAGAGGCAAGUUCCUCCUAACCCUGAAUGCUCUGACAGUGCUCUCUUGCAUGUACUCCUUAAUUUUGUGGUAUUUCCUCCCAAAAUGUUACAUCAUCAUAUUUCAACCCCACAAAAACACACAGCAGUACUUCCAAGGCCUCAUCCAGGACUACACUAAAACAAUAAGCCAGUAAGCAGCCCUAUUAAUACUACACUUUCUCUAGUUAGGAACUAUACACAUGCAGAAACUCUGUCAAACCUUUAUUGAAUUGACUGGCAGCCUAUUGUUUGUAUAUUUGUUUUAAUCUAUGCCAAUGUAAUUUCCCAAGAUUAUGCUAAUGGUUAUGGUGUUUGUUUAUUUUUGAAAAAACAUACAACACGUUUCCAGUUUCUCAUUACAACAUGUCGAAAAAGGAGAAGAAAGAAGCAGAGCAUAGUUUCGAUUAAUCAAUUUGAAAAGCAACAUUUUCUUUAGAUGUUUACUUGCAUUUACAUUAGAAUAUUAAAAUAUAAGAUAAGUGUGAUAUUGUUUGUUUUUUGAAGUCGAUUUGUAUUUGAAGCUUGAAUUGUAUUGCAAAAUGUAUGUAUUCUUUCUGAAUUUGUUUACUCAUUUGUAGGUUCUUAUGGUGAUCAAGUUAUUUUCUAGUAUAUUUUAAUCAAAUGUAUGUUCUGUAUUUUUAGCUGGUUCACUGUUUAGUUUGACCACAGGGUGGCACUGUUUCACUAUGACAGUUUUCACUUUUUGACCCCAAUUUACACUCAAACGUGUUACCUUUUAGAUUUUACAACUUUAUUCAGAACUCACUACCACAGUGUACUUUAAAAGGACUAUCUAUUCAUCUAAUUGUGCUUCAUAUGAUCAUGUUAUCAUGUUAUUUAGCAUCCUUAUGUUAAAGAAAUUUAAGCCAUGUACACUUUAGACACAAUACUAUAGAUCAGGGGUCACCAACGCGGUGCCCGCGGGCACCAGGUAGCCCUAAGGACCAGAUGAGUAGCCCGCUGGCCUGUUCUAAAAAUAGCUGAAAUAGCAGCACUUACCAGUGAGCUGCCUCUAUUUUUUUUAAAUUGUAUUUAUUUACUAGCAAGCUGGUCUCGCUUUGCUCAACAUUUUUAAUUCUAAGAGAGACAAAACUCAAAUAGAAUUUGAAAAUCCAAGAAAAUAUUUUAAAGACUCUGUCUUCACUUGUUUAAAUAAAAUCAUUUAAUGUUUUACUUUGCUUCUUAUUACUUUCAGAAAGAUAAUUUUAGAGAAAAAAUAUCAAUCAAUCAAUCAAUGUUUAUUUAUAUAGCCCCAAAUCACAAAUGUCUCAAAGGACUGCACAAAUCAUUACGACUACAACAUCCUCGGAAGAACCCACAAAUACAACCUUAAAAACGAUUUUAGUAUUUUUAAACACUUAUACCUUUUUACCUUUUCUUUCCUGACAAUUUAAAUCAAUGUUCAAGUAUUUUUUUUAUUUUAUUUUUAUUGUAAAGAAUAAUAAAUACAUUUUAAUUUAAUUCUUCAUUUUAGCUUCUGUUUUUUUGACGAAGAAUAUUUGUGAAAUAUUUCUUCAAACUUAUUAUGAUUAAAAUUUUUUUUUUAAAUUCUGGCAAAUCUAGAAAAUCUGUAGAAUCAAAUUUAAAUCUUAUUUCAAAGUCUUUUAAAUUUCUUAAAAAAUUUUUGUUGUGGAAAAUCUAGAAGAAAUAAUGAUUUGUCUUUGUUAGAAAUAUAGCUUGGUCCAAUUUGUUAUAUUUUAUAACAAAGUGCAGAUUGGAUUUUAACCUAUUUAAAACAUGUCAUCAAAAUUCUAAAAUUAAUCUUAAUCAGGAAAAAUUACUAAUGAUGUUCCAUAAAUAUUUUUUUUUAAAAGAUUCGAAUUAGCUAGUUUUUCUAUUCAUUUUUUUCGGUUGAAUUUUGAAUUCCAAAGAGUCUAAAUUGAAGAUAAACUAUGUGUCCAAAUUUUAUUUUUAAUUUUUAGAUUUAUUUAUUAAAGGUAAAUUGAGCAAAUUGGCUAUUUCUGGCAAUUUAUUUAAGUGUGUAUCAAACUGGUAGCCCUUCGCAAUAAUCAGUACCCAAGAAGUAGCUCUCGGUUUCAAAAAGGUUGGUGACCCCUUCUAUAGAUGUAUUAAUAUACCAAUGCAAAGGCGCCGAUCUACAUUUCAGCCAGUGGGUGCUCAGUGUGUGUGUAUUAGUGCUCUCCCGAUAACAGUAUUUCGGUACUUUUCUAAAUAAACGGAACCACAAAAAAUUUAAUUGUCUUUAUUUUAACAAAAAAAAUGUCAAGUUAUGAUAAACACGUUUGUUAUUGCAAUUUAGUCCUUAAAUAAAAUAGUGAACAUUCAAGACAACUUGUAUUUUAGUAGUAAGUAAACAAACAAAGACUCGUAAUUAGUCUGCUGACAUAUGCAGUAACAUAUUGUGUCAUUUAUCAUUCUAUUAUUUUGUCAACAUUAUUAAGGACAAGUGGUAGAAAAUGAACGAUUAAUGUACUUGUUCAUUUACUGUUAAUAUCUGGUUAUUUUCUGUUUCAACAUGUUCUAUCCAAACUUCUGUUAAAAUCUAAUAAUCACUUAUUGUUCUGUUGUCUGAUACUUUACAUCUGUUUUGGAUGAUACCACAAAUUUGGGUAUCAAUUCGAAAUUAGUAGUUACAGGGUAAUACAUCGGUCAUAUUCAAAGUCCUCAUGUUUCCAGGGAUAUAUUUACUGAGUUUAUAAACAUAUAAAUAAAAAAAUAAAAAUGGAAGAAGAUUUUGUGAUAUUAAAAAAUAUUAAGUUAUAUUAAGUUCAGAUGAUAGUGUCAACAGAUCAUUUCUGGGUUAAAUGAAGUCUUGGUUAAACCUAAAUAUUUAUAGAUUAGUUGAUUUGUGACUUUUUUAUUAAGUAAACCGGACCAAAGACCCCACAAAAUUAACAAAAAAAUUAAUUCUUCUAAAAUUAUUUUAAAGAUGGAAAGUUGCCAUCGAACACCCACGGGAUUGGCGCCUAUGUACCAAUGGACUCAGUAUGGUGGUUGCACCUGUUUGUAAUCAUUAUGUUGUCCUAAGAAAAAAUAUAAAAAACACAUGUCAAUCAAAACUGAAUAUUGUGGGUUUUUUGUGUGGAUUUUUUAAAGCUUAUUCAGGUAAUUCAUUGCUGGUUAAUGCAUUGUAUUCAUUAAUAUAAAUAAAAUAUUUUAACAUCAAAUAAACUCCAAAUUAAUUUUUUAUAUAAAUUAAUAAUUUAAUCAUCACAUAUGUGUAAUUGACCUUGUGCACUGAUGAGUUGUAAUUUUCAAGCUCUUAUUUUUGCCAUAUUUAUCUGGCACAAGUGGAAAGCCCGGUCCCUGAAAAUAAUGCCUAACAUUCAACUGGUCUGUGGUGCAAAAAAGGUUGUAUUGUAAUAGCCAUUAAGCGCCGCCAGGACGAAAAAGUAUUCAGGGACUUCAUGAUUGAGAAUGUAUAUUAUUUUUGGAUAUUCUGUUUUCCCUCAAAUCUCUCAAGCAAUUUCUAAGCUUUUGGAUGCCCAUUUGAUCUAAAUAUGCACAAAACAUGUGUUAUCAUCCUUAUAAUAAAUGUUAAAGGGCUGAAAUUUAAAUACAAAAUUUUCAAACACAAAUUUUGCCCAUAAUUUUUAAUUCUAAUAAAAUGUCCGCAUAAUUUAUUGUAAAAAAAAAAAAAAACACUGCUCAGAAAGUUCAGCACUGAAUUUUUCACAUAUAAUUUUUGGAAGUUCUGACUAUACAUUGAUUAAUUUGAAUACAUUAUUAUUUUUUGCUGUUUCAGAUUCUAAACCGAUUAGCAUUUUAGUAUUACGGGAUGAAAAGAAUCCUUGUUAUUAUUAUUUUUUUAUUUAUUUAUUUAUUUUUUGUCCUGUCCAGCUUCUCAGGCAAAUCAUAUAGUUGAUGUAGAUGCCCAUAUCGGCUGUUCAGAUUUACUUCACAAAAGAGAAGUGUAAGAUACUUCUCUUGUUGUCUUAUUUGAAUGUGACUUUAUUAAAUGUAUUUAUAUUAUCAUUUGGUGCAACCAGGCCGGAGCAGGAGGGGAUAGAAAGAGAAAAAAAGGAAGACAGAGGGGGAAAUUGUGGGGAUAAGAGGGGGAUUAGACAGAGAGACAAAAACAACCACAGCAAAUACAACAACAACAAUAGAACAACACCAGCACAUACAUAAUAUGUACAAAUAUGAUCGUAAAAGUGAUAGCAAAUAAGCAGUUAGUGAAAUAAAUAAUAUAGUAAUUACAAUGAGCAUUUUUACACUAAAACUGGAGCAAUACAAAUACCAAUAGAAAAAGCGCUAUUGAUCAUGAACAAAACCAAUAGAUUACCUCUAUUAUCAACAAUAAAGUUGUUCAAAUGCAACGAUACGUAUACAUAAUCAUAGCUAGAAAAAUAAUUAAAAAUAAAUAAAUUAAAAAAAGAAAAGAAAAAAAGGAAAAAAGAAGAAGGAAUACCGAAAUAUGAAAGGGAAGAGAGAGAGGCAACCUAUAUUAAUCUUGUAGAUUGUUAUAGUAACAAUGGUUUAAGCUCUGUCAAUAUGCCUUGUGUUACCCAGUUUACCCGAGGGCAACAGCAUUGAUAUAUGUUUGAUGAAACAUGAUUAUGUGCAUGAGUGUAUGUAUGUAUAUGUACUUGCAUAUGAACAGAAUGUGUAUAUGAAUGUUUGUACAGUGAAUGUAUAUGUACAGUAUAUGUAUGUUCGUACCGUGAAUGUGCGCGUGGAUGGACGGACUUUGAGUAUGUAGAUAUGUAAUGUAUUUGUGUAUGUAUGUGGGAGCGUAGGUACCAAUGUAUGGACGUUUGUAUGUAUGAGUAACGGUGUGUGUUGUGUUAGUAUAUGUGUGUUUGUAUGUACAAUAUAUUUGACCCCUAAUGUGCGUGGGAGCCAGAGUGCGGACCCAGCCACCCAGAGAGCCCAACCCAAACAGCAGGUGUGGCGCCCAGGGAACCAGGGAUCACCCGCUCCACGCAGCCAGACCGGCCAGCGGCGAGAACCCCAGAGCCCGGCCCACCGCGCCAACCGGAAGAGCCG